AUGAACUCGCGCGCAAGUCUAUUCGAGCUCAAAGGUCGUCCAAGUGUUUCUGGUUCGACCUCUCACAAUACAGUCCUUGCAACAGAAGAAUCAAAGCAACGGCGCAUCCAGCAACGACUCGCUCAAAAGCAACAAGAAUACGAGAGCCUGCUACAACUCAAACAGCAUGCAGAUUCGUUAUUAGCGUCGAUGCAGCAAUUGGAGACGGAGCUGGGAUCGCUGAGCCAAGGAACAGAGACGGUGGCCAGUGUCAUGGCGAACUGGGCGAAUGUGUUCAAAGCUAUCAAUAUGAGUACCAUUGGCCUACAAAAACAACAAGAGGAGCAGGAAGCAGGGGAAGAACAAACAGAGUCACGGACGCGUCACAGCGAUUCAGAGAUGCCAGAGACAUUGGUGAGGAUACCUAUCCAAAGAGAAUAA